AUGGUCCCCCUCAACAGACGGUCCCCCAACAGACAGUCCCCCCAACAGACAGCCCACCCCCAACAGACAGCCCACCCCCCAACAGACAGCCCACCCCCAACAGACAGUCCCCCAACAGACAGUCCCACCCCCAACAGACUGUCCCCCUCAACAGACGGUCCCCCCAACAGACAGUCCCCCCCAACAGACAGUCCCCCAACAGACAGUCCCCCAAACAGACGGUCCCCCUCAACAGACGGUCCCCCAACAGACAGUCCCCCAACAGACAGUCCCCCAAACAGACGGUCCCCCUCAACAGACGGUCCCCCCAACAGACAGUCCCCCAAACAGACGGUCCCCCUCAACAGAUGGUCCCCCUCAACAGACGGUCCCCCCAACAGACAGUCCCCCCAACAGACAGUCCCCCCAACAGACAGUCCCCCAAACAGACGGUCCCCCUCAACAGACGGUCCCCCUCAACAGACGGUCCCCCCCAACAGACAGUCCCCCAACAGACAGUCCCCCUCAACAGACGGUCCCCCUCAACAGACGGUCCCCCUCAACAGACGGUCCCCCUCAACAGACAGUCCCCCAACAGACAGUCCCCCUCAACAGACGGUCCCCUCCAAAGGACAGUACCCCCAACAGACAGUCUCCACCCCCAACAGACAGUCCCCCCAACAGACAGCCCACCCCCAACAGACAGCCCACCCCCCAACAGACAGUCCCCCCAACAGACAGUCCCCCCCAACAGACAGUCCCCCCCAACAGAUGGUCCCCCUCAACAGACGGUCCCCCAACAGACAGUCCCCCCAACAGACAGCCCACCCCCAACAGACAGCCCACCCCCCCAACAGACAGCCCACCCCCAACAGACAGUCCCCCCCAACAGACAGUCCCACCCCCAACAGACGGUCCCCCUCAACAGACGGUCCCCCCAACAGACAGUCCCCCCCAACAGACAGUCCCCCCAACAGACAGUCCCCCAAACAGACGGUCCCCCUCAACAGACGGUCCCCCAACAGACAGUCCCCCAACAGACAGUCCCCCAAACAGACGGUCCCCCCUCAACAGACGGUCCCCCAACAGACAGUCCCCCAAACAGACGGUCCCCCCUCAACAGACGGUCCCCCUCAACAGACGGUCCCCCCAACAGACAGUCCCCCCAACAGACAGUCCCCCCCCCAACAGACAGUCCCCCAAACAGACGGUCCCCCUCAACAGACGGUCCCCCAACAGACAGUCCCCCAACAGACAGUCCCCCCCAACAGACGGUCCCCCUCAACAGACGGUCCCCCUCAACAGACGGUCCCCCAACAGACAGUCCCCCCCAACAGACAGUCCCCCAAACAGACGGUCCCCCUCAACAGACGGUCCCCCAACAGACAGUCCCCCAACAGACAGUCCCCCAAACAGACGGUCCCCCCUCAACAGACGGUCCCCCUCAACAGACGGCCAGAGCACACAAGCCAACACACACAGGAAGCUCACAGAUACUUCCUACAGGCCUAA